AUGAAUAAAAAAAUACUUUUACAGUUACUUCUAGUCUUAUCAAUUCUGGCUCCGGCAUUCACAGCUCCCAGAAAUCCAAGACUGACUCUAUUAGAAUAUGAACCAGCCCAUUACUACCACCAGUAUGACAGAAACCCAAACGUGUACUCAUUUGGCUAUGACGUAUCGGACCCAUCGACUGGCAACACGCAAUACAGAGCUGAACAACGUCAUCCAAACGGGACAGUCACAGGUAGCUACGGCUACGUAGACCCUUAUGGAAAACCUAUCAGAUAUAAGUAUAUUGCUGAUAAUUUUGGUUACAGGGUAUACUCAGACUUGCCAACCCCAAAACCAUUACCUAUUUCAUUGGCUGUAAGUGAACCUACAGAACCUUCCAUCACAUGGACCAGACCUCCAAAACAACACAAGAAGAAAGUCUUCAAUGAUAUCGUCAAACAACUUGGAUCUUUGUUUUCUAAAAACCAUUUAGUAUAAAUUAUAUGAGUUAAUUUUUCAAAAUCA